CCCGCCUCUACCCCGGCACCUGCGCGCCAUACACUGGCCCACCCCACCCCGCUCCGCCAUCCUCAGUUCAAGCACAAGGCAGAGAUCCCACCCACCCAUCCACAAUCCAGGGACCAGUGGCCUCUGGAUCCCAGUUCGCGACGCCUCUUUGCCCUCUUACCGACCUUUUGGACUUGGUCCCACCGCCCAGCCGCCAGCCGCCGCGCCCGGUCCGCGCCUCGUACUCUCCUCAAACUCCUCAGCUCCUCAGCACCUCACUCGAGGUCGCCAUCCCUCCCUGAGCCGCUACAGUCACCUACCGAGGUCCUGUACUCAUCAAGGGUUUCCCCGCGCUCGCCGAGACUAAAACGUUGGACCCCUACCUAUAAGCACUGGCCCCCCGAGCCCGUCCAUCCCUCGACCACUUGCGCUUUCAUCCGGUCCAGUAGUUGUAUAGUGCAGUACCUCAUAUCGACGCGACGACGACGACGACGACGACAUGGGCUGCACACAAUCACACGAGGACUCCGAGGCCAAGGCUCGCAAUGCCGAGAUUGAGGAGCAGCUCAAGCGCGAUCGCCAGAACAUGGCGCGCGAGAUCAAGAUGCUGCUGCUCGGUGCCGGAGAAUCCGGCAAGUCGACCGUGUUGAAGCAGAUGCGACUGAUCUACAACAAGCCGUACGAUGCCGAGGAGCGAGACAGCUAUCGCGAGAUUGUGUACUCGAACACGGUGCAGAGCAUGCGAGUGCUCCUCGAAGGAGUCGUUGCUAUGGGCCUCGACAUUUCCAGCGCCAACCAAGCGCACUACAACCUCAUUCUGGCAGCGCCCGCACUCAUCGAGGGCGACCGCUUCCCGCCAAGCCUCGCGAACGCGAUCAAGGGGCUGUGGCAGGACGAAGGUGUGCGCGAGGCCUUUUCCCGUCGCAACGAGCUCCAGCUCAACGACUCGGCACCCUACUACUUUGAUGCGAUCACGCGUCUUGCCAACCCGGCCUACGUGCCGACGGACCAGGACAUUUUGCGCGCGCGUGUCAAGACGACUGGUAUUACCGAGACGCACUUCCAGAUCGGCGAGCUCAAGUACAAGCUCUUUGAUGUGGGUGGUCAGCGAUCUGAGCGUCGCAAGUGGCUCGGCGUGUUUGAGAAUGUGACCGCGCUCGUCUUCCUUAUUGCCAUCAGCGAGUAUGACCAAAUGCUGUACGAGGACGAGACAGUCAACCGUAUGACUGAGGCAAUGACGCUGUUCGAGAGCGUCGCCAACAGCCGAUGGUUCAUCAAGACAUCCAUCAUCCUCUUCCUCAACAAGAUCGACCUGUUCCGCGCCAAGCUCCCUCAUUCUCCACUCGCAAACACUUUCCCCGAGUACAAGGGCGGCGCCAACUACGACGCUGCAUGUGCUUUCCUGCUGGAGAAGUUUGUCGCACUCAACCAGAACCCGUCCAAGUCGAUCUAUGCUGUAACAUUACACCGACGCCACAGACACGCGCGCGCUUGCGUUCGUCGUUUCUGCUGUUCACGACGUUAUUAUCCAGGUCAACUUGCGCGAGUGCGGUCUUCUCUAGUUUUGGGCGAGUGCCGCGCUUGUCGCAGCCUACCCGCAUCUCCAUAAUCUGCUGUACCCUACACCGUGUCUAUGUAAGAAGGCAUGCAUUUUCUGCCUCCUAGC